AUGUUCGACAAUGCUGCGGUGUCGCCUGCUUACUCAAUCGAUGUGAGUGAUGAUGCUGAACCCAAAGAAGAUCCCAUGGCUGUUGCCAGGAACAGAUGGAAGGAGUUCGUGAAUGGUGGCGCUCGAGUUCAGGACAUUGAUCUGGCCACACUCGUCCACGCCGACAACCCCUACUCGGAGGAGGUGCAGCAGGCCAUGAAGCGUGUUGAGGCGCGAUUUAUUCCCAAGGCGCUGAGGGAGAAGAUGAACCUCGUCGAUGUCGAGCCAGUCCUGACAACUGCUGCCGCAACUUCAGUGGAUGCCGUUGUAGGGCAUUUACUCGAUUGA